GAGCUCCUCCUUCAACUCAUCCCGCCCUCGCCCUCUCUUCCCUCCUACAGCGUGCCGACCACUCCUUCUGGCGGCACGGUGUCGUUAACGUCUUCUUCCUCAUCGUUGGCCAUUUUGACGUCGACGACGUCCAACGCCAACCCGCCGCCACUGCACCACCAACAACCACCGGGGAGCGGCGGCAACGAGUACUCGUGGCUGAAGGAACUCCAGCAGACGCCGCCCGCGCCCUCGCAUUCCCAGCAACAGCACACCGGCAACGGCUGGUUCGACACCGACGCCUAA